AACUUUUGUGUCCGAACCUCAGCCUUAUAAACCCUCUCAUCUUCUUCACCAAAUCCGCCAUUACCACCGUAGAAGGAGACUGAGAUCCAAUCCUCCUCCUGAUAAUUUUCUUUUAGUCUCCUAGAUUCAUUCUCUCUGAAACCCACCUCGAAUCCACUGAGAAACAAUGCUCCAGCCCUUAUUUUCUUCUGUCUUCUCGAGAAUUCUCUGGGUUUAAUCGGAGUACAUUUUCCAGCAGUAUCGGUGUUUUCGUCUUGGGUUUUCGAAUUCCUGACCGUAUUAUGGAACUGGGUAAUUCUCGCUUGUUCUUCUUCGACUGCCGUUUUUUUUCUUCUUCUUCUUCGAGUUCUGUUUCGUCGUCUUCUCCAUCUGGGUAUUGCUAUUCUUCUUUAGCUGGAUCAGUAUUGUGUAUUGGAAGUGAUUAUCCAGACGCCAUUGCCAUGAAUUUGAGUUGUAUCCUGAAACCCUACCCUGUUUGUAGUAUCGCUCACGCUUUGAUCUCCGAUUCUAAAUCUGCUUCCGGUGAAGCAUGAUUGCGACGCCGACCCCUUAUUUUCUCUCUCUCCUCUUGUUGCUUUAGCAUCUCGUCUCCGAACUUAAAAACGGAUCUCGUCUUGAACCCAGAAUUUUUUCUGAAUCACUUUGUUGUUUCUUCUCUCCGAAACAACAUGCUGUGUUCGUCAUCAUCACCAUCUUCCUUGGCCUUUCAAGGUCCUGCACCAGCUGCAACUAUGGCUUCUCCUUUUGCCCGCUUCGUGGGUAUCGGUGAUCCUAGCAUCCGCAGGUAUGAUCAUGAUCGACGUCGUUGUUCUUGGACUGGAAUUGAAAAGAAGAUGAACAAAUCGAUUUCAGCGAGGAGGACGACCCCUUUUCCUCGGAAUAGGACCGUCUCAGCUUCCGCUUACCCUCUCUUUGUCAAUCAGCUUACAAAAGAGACAACUCGACCGAAAAAUUACCAAGAGGUCGCGAAAACAGCCCGUGAGAAGUUCACCCAAGAGAUCUCUUUCCAGUCGAAGGACCGAGACAUUUCGCUUGCAAAGGCUUUACUCUUCGUUGCUGCUGAAGAUGAAGCCUUCCUGGCUUUUAACCGUGAGAAGGACGCUCUUUCUCUCAAGAACGAGAGAAAAACUGCCCAAGCUCAGUCUGAUCCCAGUGAGACUGGUUCCGAGGAGCUGAUGAAUUUGGCUGGGAAGGGAUUAUCCGAAUGGUUGAGCGAGCUGGACGCGAUCUCCAAAGAAGUAGAGGCGGAAUUAGUUUCGCGCGACAUUGGUUGCCACCUGGUUCAAGUUCUUGAAGCUGUAAAUGUAGUUCUAUUCGAGUUAAGAGGCUUCAAGAGGACAUCUGUCGCUUUAGACCCCAAGUAUUCCUACCUUCACUCCGUACUUAACUGUAGAUGCGGCAACGCAUUUUUGCUUAGCAUAAUUUACAUUGAAGUUUGUCGGCGACUCAGUCUGCCAAUAGUGGGAUCUCGAGUUGGGGAAGACUUUUUGAUAUGGCCCCAAUUGGGGUAUCCAGAGGAACUCUUUAAAGUAACUUCAGGGCAGAGCUUGUUUGCUAUUGUCAAUGGGAGGUGCGUUGAGGACCCAGGCUCGAUGGCUUCGGACUUGACUGGAAAAUCUCUUCCAGGCCUCGAGAUAGCCACAAACCGAGACAUUAUAGGGAUUGCUCUUGCCAACUUGAUUAGACUUCAUUGGAGGCGUGCUUCAAGGUCCAGCCAUGGACUGAUGCUGACAUCUCCCCUUAGACAACUUAACAAUAUCAGUAGUUCUAAUGUUCCUUUGCUUCGGCCUCAAGAUCUUGGGUUGGCCAUCAUGGCAUCGGAGAGACUGUUGAUUCUGCAGCCACAUAACUGGGCACUUCGCAGAGACCAUGGGAUGAUGCUGUAUUACAACAGGCAAUAUGGGGAGGCGGUGCAAGAACUGAGCAUAUGCAUGGCAUUUGCACCGGAGGAAGAGGCAGAUAUUUUGGAGCCCUUUGUUGAGAAACUUCAUCUUCUGCGUCUUGAAUCUUCAUGGAAGUCCUUUGGCUCCACUCCCUUGACUGUUCCCUGAAGAAUCUUUGUCUCUACCUUUCCUCUUGUAAAUAUUCAACACUCUUCACUCUGUUUCAGAUUUGUAGUAAGUUUGUUUUUGGACAUUGUGGGACAGCUUCCGCUGCCUUCCUUGUCUUUUGUCAGAAAAAAAAAACUCGUCUGUCUACUUUCUCUUCCAUCAUACAACUCCGUUCUCCUCUCA